AUGGAGUUGGUUGAACUUGCACAAGGAUUUUGUCCGACGGAUUCAGAGUUACUCACCUUCCUUUUGAGGUUUAUUGCUAAAGAACCAUUGUGCGACAAUGAUUUUAUUACUGAGCAUGAUGUUUACAAACAAGAACCUUGGGAAACUUAUAGCCAUGGUCGCCACUGUGGAGGACAAGAUAAUGGGGACACUAGCAUUUACCGCUACUUCAUUACACCAACGAAGAAGAAACAUGGCAGAUUAAUUUGCAGGACUGUGCGUAAAAAUAUUGGAACUUGGAAGCAGCAAGAUAAGGGAAAAGAUGUGGUAAUGAAGGGUUUGAAUAAUGGACGAAAGAAUAGUCUAUGCUAUGAAAGUACUAAGUGCCGUCCUGAUGAUCAGAACGACGGGAAGUGGCUCAUGACGGAAUAUGAGUUUUCUGAAACUGUUCUUAAAGAGUUCAAAAAUUUUGAGUUUAAAGAUAAUGUUAUUUGUGCCCUAAGAAAGAAGUCCAAAAAAAAGCCUUCUAACGGUAUUCAAAGUAGCAAUCUGAAUCCUAUUGUUAUGGGUCAUUCUACAAAAAAGAAGGUGGAUACAGAGCCGUUGUUGGAUCAGGAAUAUAAGGCGAUCAGUCCUAUCAAUAUUGUUGAAAAGCCAACGGUGGAAUCUGCUGGUGAAGAGAAUGGUGCAUUGGAGCUAAGUACUGCUCAAAUUCAAGAAUUUGAGAACAAUCAGGUGACACAUACAGGUGACACAUUGUCGGACAAGAACCAGAUACAAUAUCAACCAACAGCACAGCAAGAAGGUUGUAUAUUUGGUGUUCAUGAAGACCAUAUUGCAUAUUUGGAACUUUAA